AUGCGUGCGUCGCUGCACCGGGUGUCUGCAACUUAUGCUGGACGGUGCAAGCUGACGCCCAGGUACCCCGCCUGUGCGAUUUUGUCUCCCGGACCGUGCAACUGGCAGCGACGAUUUGCUGCAAGCGUUGAGGAAACGCCACUGGAAAAGUUGCGCAACGUCGCGAUUAUUGCCCAUGUCGACCAUGGAAAGACCACCUUGGUGGAUCAGCUGAUGAAACAAAGUGGCAUGGGCCUCAAGGUGACUGAGAGGAUGAUGGAUAGCAAGGAUCUGGAACAAGAAAGAGGAAUUACGAUUCUGUCGAAGGCCACCCGAAUCUCUUGGAACGGCUAUGUCUUCAAUAUUGUAGAUACUCCUGGCCACGCUGAUUUCGGUGGCGAAGUGGAGCGAGUCCUUUCGAUGGUGGAUGGUGUAGUGCUGUUGGUGGACAUCAUUGAAGGUCCCAAGACACAGACCAAGUUUGUGCUGCAAAAGGCUUUGAAGCACCCAAAGAUGAGGCCUUUGGUUGUCAUCAACAAGGUUGACCGCCCCAUGAUGCGGGACAAAGGAGAGGUUGAGAACGACAUUUUCGAUAUUUUUGCCACGAUGGCCAGCGCUGAUGAGCAGUUGGAAUACCCGACUCUCUACGCUUCAGGGAAAGCCGGCUUCUGUGCUCGAUCACUGGAAGAGGCACAAUCUGAAAAUCGACCUACGGAUAUGGUGACACUUUAUGAGACGAUUCGGGACGUGGUGCCGCCACCCGAACCUGCUGAAGUCGAUCCAGAAGUCAUCGCAGCAGACGAGAAGAACAAGGGAUUUUCCAUGCUGGUUUCGCAGCUGGACAGGCUCCCAGCCCUCGGGCCCACGGUGACAGGAAAGAUCCACAGUGGACAGAUCCACAAAGGCGACAAGAUCAGCUGCAAAAACCUGAACGGCGAGGUGGUGGGCUCUGGAAAAGUCAAGGAGAUCACUGUGGUGCUGGGUGUGACGCGUGAGGCUGUGAAGAGCGCCAAGGCUGGGGACAUCGUCUCCAUUUCGGUCACGGGCUUCAUGCCCCGCUGGACACAGACCUUGGUGUCCCACGCCAAGGUACCACCGGUAGAGUGUCAGCCCAUUGAUCCUCCCAUCUUGGCGGUCCGUGCUGCGGUGAAUGACUCGCCCUUGGCGGGGAAGGAUGGCAAAUACAUCACACUCAAUGCCCUGGGAGAGCGCUUAGACAAAGAGGCCUUGACCAAUCCGGCCAUUGAAGUUGCACCUUCGCCCAACCGUGAUUAUUUCGAGAUUCGCGGACGGGGUGAGAUGCAGUUGGGCAUUCUCAUCGAGGAGAUGAGACGUGAAGGCUACGAGAUGUCGCUGUCACCGCCCAGUGUGGUGAAGAGUACAGGAGAGGACGGUGGGGUCCUGGAGCCUUGGGAAGACGUGCAGAUUGAGGUCGAUAUGAACCAAGGAAGCCAAGUCAUGGACCGUAUGUCUAUUCGAGGCGCCAAGGUCAUUGAUAUGCAGACGGCGGGCGAUCGCCAGACGAUUCACUUGGAGGCCUCUACCGCCUCCAUGCUUGGUCUUAGAAGUUGGCUGCGUGAGAUUUCAGGCGGAACCGCCACGGUGGUCAGUGACUUCAAGGAACUGAGACCUGAGGGGCCUAAAGCCCCCAAAGACAGGAACGGUGUACUGAUCGCCAACACUGCUGGUAUCUCCACCUCGGUGGACUUGGGGAAGGUUGCCCGCAUGGGCAAGCUCUUCAUUACGGAGGGUGUUGAGGUUUAUCCAGGAAUGAUCUUUGGCGAGAAUAGCGGCCAGAAUGAUAUCGACACCAACAUCUCCAGGAAGCAUGAUGGAUACCAAACUGCUGCCAACUUUUCCUGUGCGGAGAAACGGCUGGAGGAGGCUCUGAGUUACAUCCUGGAGGAUGAAAAGUUGGAGGUGACCCCCAAGCGCAUUGCCAUGCGGAAGGCCAUUCUGGAUGCCAAUGAACGGCGGAUCCUGGCCAAGGACCAUAAGCAACCGACGGAGCUGGGCGGCAUUGAUGUGUUCAUGGCGACUGGUGAAAGGCUCAUAGAGCUCUUUCGGCAGUUGGACAGGAAUGGAAAUGGUGUGAUUGAGAGAGAGGAGCUGGGCCGCGUCUUGGAGGCCUUGGACGAGGUGACCUGGACAGACGAGCGCUUGGAUCAGAUCCUCCGAGAGGCGGAUGCCAAUCGCGAUGGGAAGAUCCAGUACGGUGAGUUUGUCCGAUGGCUCUUCUCCGAGGGUGGUGGUCAGGCUGCCUUCUGCAGAACUGUCAAGGAUCUGUCCAAAGGCCUUCGUUUCCAAGUAGAAGCCUUGGUUGGACUGCGAGAGCUCUCUGCCGUUCCUGAGUCUGAAAGGAAGAAGGCUUUGGACAUGAUGUUGACACUGUUGAACAAGAUAGUGCAGGCUCCAUGGGAUUUCAAGCUUCGCACCUUGAGCUGUUCUGAAGAUCCAGGGAAGACGUUGAUGGCGACCAGGGGGUGUGAUUGGCUGUUCUCUGCGGCAGGCUUUAUCGAUGACCUCGAUGAGCUCUCUCUGCCAUCUAGGACCGACCCCACGUGGCUCGUGGAGGAGCUCAUGAAGUUCAAGAAGAAGGACUGGGACCUGUCCGAGGUGGAACCCCCUGAAGAUUUCCCCGACAGUGUGCCAUUGCCACCAGUGGAGAAGGGCAAACCGCCCAGGUGCAAAGUGUAUCUGGGCGCCUGCAAGGUGACUGCGGAGCUCCAACAGCUGAUAGAUCAGCUGCAAAUGCUGCCUGAAAUGGACAAACGGACCAUGGGAGGCAAGUGCAUUGCCCAGACUUUGGCCAUGGAGGAUUUCAUGACGGAGGAGGUGGGGAUGAAGCAGCUCCACCACAAAUACUUCGUUCAAGGCGUGAAGGCCUUUGAGCUGACGAAGCCUUUGUCCGACUUUCCUGCUGACAAGGAGCUAGUUUACAAAGGUGUGGGCCAAGACGGUCUGCCCUGCUCCUUCAAGGCAUCUGUGAGUGAAAUCCUGCAGUGGCAGUCUUCGUUUCGUACCUACUAUGCCUCGGACAUUUAUGUGGGCGAGGAAGGCAAAGACCUUGUGAGCCAAUCUCUGCAGGGAAAAUCCGAGGCAGGCGAAGAAGCCUGGAAGAUGAAGUUUGCCAUCAGGUGCAGCACGAACCCGGUGAUCAUGCGCUUUGAUGGGCGCGUCAUCGCACGGGAAGUUGGAGAUCCAACCUUGACGCGGAUCCAUUUGGUGUCCGUCUGCGGUAUUGACUUUGCAUCACGGGUACAUGACCAUGUGGAUUUGACGCACUACAUUAAGAACUGGAAGGAGGUGUACAUCUUUGAUGAAGAGGGCUAUCCCAGCGUGAAACACGGCCGUGACUUCGAGCUCAGCGGGACGCCUGCGCAGCUCAACGUCUCCAAGACCCUCUACGACUUGAAAAAGAUGUGCAGGUUGCGGCUGCGUGCUCAAGACGAUUUAGGAAUCCAGGUGGUGGUGGAGGUGGGCCUAGGGCUGGGCGUCUUUGCCGGUGACGCCCUCGGCAUUGGCAACAAUGUGCGCCAGCUCUCGGCUAUGGCGAUGCAGAAAGUCUUGGAGGAGGAGCAGUUCAAAAACAUUUGCCUUGUGGUGCUUUCCUUGCCCGUGUUCUAUCAGAACGACAACUACGACGUCUAUGAGAAGAUUUUCAGUCGUGAAGACAGUGGCUACCAGGGCACCGUUCCAGUUCUGUUGAUGGACCAGGAACUUCGGGUCUUGAAGUCUUGCGAGUUCUCAAUGUUUGAGAAGACCGCCAUUUUGCCAAGCUACCCCAAUCUCAUGCAGGACAUGCACGCCAUCGCAGUGGCAGCUGCUGGUUGCUUGCUGGCAUGA